AGGGAGCUACGAGCUGAAAUCGAAGCUCUCAAAGUAAAAGACCGCGAACACGAAACCAUGUUUUUGGCUUUAAGAGAUGCGCUCAAAGAGCAGGAUGAUUUGAUGCAUCACCAAACCAGACAGCUACAACAACAGUUGGAGACUAAUGCCAACUUCAAGUCUUGUGCGAGGGGUACAAGACGAGAACAAUGCAUUGAGAGAAUUGAUCAAUGAUCAGUCUAGACUCAUUAGUAAACAACAGAAGAAACUGUUUGAAAUAGAACAAACCCUCUACAUAGAAAGACAGACAGACACUGCAGAAAACACACAAGCCAACGAUGAAGACGAAAAUGAUGAUGAAGUCACUGCCCAGAAAAACAAGGCUAGGAUACCUCGUAUGAUUACCUCGAACCAGUCUAUCGCCUUUCACGCACUAAGUAACGCUUACGAGCAUACCCACGUUGGAAUCCAUCAACCCAUCUUAUUUGAAAGUGUCCUUACUAAUUUAGGAGGAGAAUUUCAUUUUAAUCAUGGAACAUUCAUAGCGCCAACACACGGACUUUACCUAUUUUCAGUAACCAUUUUAAGUAGUGGUAUCGACAUUAUGUCGGAAAUGGUCAAGGACGGAACAGUACUUGGUCGAAUUUUAAGUCAAGGAGAUGGUUCGAAACAUGCUCAAUCGUCUAUCACUAUAGUUUCAGUACUUCAGGCAGGAAAAGAAGUAUGGGUACGCGUAAAAGGCCCAGCCGAUACAUCUUAUUGGGGAGAAUUGUACACAUCCUUCACUGGAGUUCUGCUUAAUUUUGUUUAGUUGCCUUAUAAUGACGUCAUAUCUUCAUUGUGUGUUUACGUAUACACAUGU